AUGGAGGAUUUAUUUCUUUCCAUCGCAACAAAGAUUGCAGAAUAUACAGUGCAUCCAAUUUUACAUCAUGCUCAAUACUUGUGUUGUUUCAACAACUUUGCUUCCAAUCUUCCAAAUGCCAAAGAGCAAUUGGAAUUUACUCGAGAUGGAGUGAAGGAGCGAAUUAGAGCCAUCUAUAGGAUUGAAAAAGUUGAGCCAACUGUAGAGAAAUGGUUGAAAGAUGUUGAAAAAGUCUUAGAAGAAGUGCAAAUGCUGGAAGAAAGAAUAUUGAGCGUGAACAAAAGCUAUUUCAAAAGGCAGUGUCAAUAUUCUCUUGCAAAACAAAUAGAAAGAAAAACAUCUGAAAUGAUUCAGCUCCAUAGUAAUAGCAAGUUUGAACCGUUUUCGAGGAUUACUGAACUUCCAGGCAUGAAGUACUAUUCUUCCAAAGAUUUCUUUAUGUUCAACUCUACAGAAGUAUCUUACAAGAAGCUUCUAGAAGCACUAAAGAAUAAAAGUGCUUUCAUAAUUGGAUUAGUUGGAUUAGGAGGGUCAGGGAAAACUACUUUGGCAAAAGAAGUGGGUAAAAAAGCUGAAGACAUGAAAAUCUUUGAGAAGGUUGUAUGGGCAACAGUGUCUCAACCUCUAAAUAUCAGAACUAUCCAAGCUCAGAUUGCUGAUCAAUUGGGCUUCAAGUUAAAUGAAGAAUCAGAAAUUGGUAGAGCACAGAGACUAUCAGAAAGAUUAAGGAAAGGUACAACUCUUGUAAUCUUGGAUGAUGUAUGGGAAAAACUAAACUUUGAAGCAUUAGGUAUUCCACUUGAUGAAAGCAAUAAGGAUUGUUGCGUAUUGAUAACUACUCGGAGUAAAGAAGUAUGCACUUCUAUUCAAUGCCAAAGUACAAUCGAACUUAAUCUUUUGAGUGACGAGGAAGCUUGGACUUUGUUCAGACAUUAUGCAAACAUAACUGAUGACUCCUCAGAAGCUUUGAAAGGUGUGGCAAGAAAAAUUGUUAAUGAAUGUAAGGGAUUGCCCAUUGCAAUUGUGACCGUGGGAAGCACGCUAAAGGAUAAAACUAUUGCAAAUUUUGAGCUAGCAUUAUCAAAACUAGAAAUUUCAGAGCCACUAGAUAUUCCACAAGGCUUUAGAAGUCCGUAUGUUUGUCUUGAAUUAAGUUACAAUAAUUUGACAAACCCAUUAGCUCAAUCCUUAUUAUUGUUGUGUUCUAUGUUUCCAGAGGAUUGUGAAAUAGAUUUGGAAGAUUUGUUUCGAUUUGGAAGGGGAUUUGGCACAAUCGGAACGAUGUUUGGAACGAUGGAGAAAGCAAGGAGAGAGAUGGAUGCAGCUAUUGACAUGCUCAAGAAUUGUUUUUUGUUAAUGCAUGCAAAAGAAAAAUACAAGGUAAAAAUGCAUGAUCUGGUUCGUGAUGUAGCAUUGUGGAUUGCAUCUAAAAGUGGUCAAGCAAUUUUCACUCGUACUAAAGUGGAUCCAAUAGUGUUGGCAGAUGAUGAUGAAGUCAUGAAGGAUAUGAAAGCAAUAGCUGUAUGGGGUUCGAAAAAUGAUCAUCUUCUCAAUUAUAAAAUAAAUUGUCCAAUACUUGAAAUUCUCUUGCUUUCUUUUAAUGAGAGUGGUGGCGUAAAAGUAUCAGAUGAGUGUCUUCAAAGCUUGGAAAAGCUUAAAACCUUAGCAAUCUUAGAGUCAGCUCUGUGGAAUAGAGGUGCUUUGCCUUUGCAAGAGUCAUUGAAGUCAUUGAAAAACCUUCGAACACUAUGCUUGAGGGGUUAUGGUUUAGGUGACAUAUCUUUUGUGGAACGACUGCAAGCACUUGAGAUUCUUGAUUUAAGUUUCUCUUCUUUUGAUGAUUUGCCUGGUGGGAUUGUAAAAUUAAAAAAGUUGAAGCUUUUGGAUUUGUACCAAUGUUGGAUUCAGAAAAAAGAAAAUGUUAAUCCUUACGAAGUUGUGGGGAAAUGUUUGCAGCUUGAGGAACUAUAUUUGCAUUUGAUCAAUUAUGAAAAGGCCUUUCCACCUGAUGUCUCUUUCUCCAGAUUACAAAGGUAUGUUAUAGAAACUCGUCCUGAUCGAUCUUCUGAUGGUGAUACUACUGAUCUUAUGAAAAAAUAUGGACAUUCUAGAAGUUUAAUAAUGAAUGGGUUUGAUGUUGCUCCUCAAAGUUUUAUAUCAUUACCAAUAAAGGAUCUAUUUAUAAGAGCAGAGUUCCUUUGUUUGAGGGACCUUAGGGAAGAUUAUAAAAAUAUAAUCCCAUCCAUGGAUCCACAAGGCAUGAAUCAGUUGAUUGCCCUAAGACUCUAUUAUGGUUCAGUUGAAUGUCUCGUUGAUAGCACUGAAAAGGAUAAAACUGAAGUAAUUGCAUUCUCCGAGCUUGUUUACUUAAGUUUGGUACGCAUAUAUAGCCUUCGAGAGGUGUUUUGUGAUCCCUCUUCGCGAUGUUCUCUCAAAAAUUUACAAGAGCUCGAGAUAAAAAAUUGUGGAAAUUUAUAUAGCAUAUCCUUUCCAAGGAAUUCAAAACUAUGCAAUCUAAAGGUCAUUUCAAUAUCAGAAUGCCCAAUGCUAACUUCUCUUUUCACGUCAUCCGUUGGUCAAACUCUAGAGCUGUUAGAGGAUCUAAUAAUAUCUAAAUGCAGAUCAUUGAGACACAUAAUUGAAGAAGAGAAUGAUGUUCUUUCAAGCACUCAAAGUCAUUCUUCUUUUACGCUCCCAAAAUUAAGGAAUAUUUCUAUUUUUGGAUGUGACAAUUUGGAGUAUGUGUUCUCUGUGGUUUUAUUCGAAGGGCUUUUAAGUUUGAAAAGUGUGAAUAUUGGGCGCAACCGAGCGUUGAAGUAUGUAUUUGGCAGUGAAAAGGAGCAUAAUGUUGCAGGGUACCCAAGUUUCCAGCAGACUAAUACCAUAACAAAUUUGUUUAAUUUGAAUACUUUGACAUUUAGUGAUUUGCCAAAUCUAAUUGCCAUUUGGCCUGAAUAUUUUCGUGCUCAUCUCCCAAGUCUUAAUUAUUUAUGUUGUGAUGAUUGUCCAAAAUUGUCCAUACAUAAGGCGAUGAAUGCUUCAGAUAUCCAGCAACAACAGACAACUCCAACGGAGAAUGAAAUACUAUGGUUGAUUACCAACACACUCAAUCAAUUCGGGGAUGAUCCAUUGUCUCACCCCCAACUCAAAGUUGUCCUCAAAUUUAGAGAACUAGAGUUGAUUGAUAUUAGAAUAAAAGGUAUCUUCCAAUUCCAAAUGGGAGAAGAAGGGGGCACUACAGAACUGGUUCCCCUAAACUUGGAUAUAGAGUAUCUAUGCUUGUUUAAUCUACCUGAACUCAACUUCAUAUGGAAGGGUCCCACAGAAGAGUGCUCUCAGUUACACAAGGCUUUUGCAUUUAGUGAAGAAGAGAUGGGUAAGGAUGGAAAACAAGUACUAUUACCGAACUUGAAAGAUAUAAGACUCAUAAAUUUGCCAAACUUGGAAGAGAUUCACCACGGAUUUAAGUUGAAAGAAGAUGUUGAACAAACAUUAGAGGAAUGUCCUAAGUAUUCUCCAAGUUCAUAUCUACAUCAAGAGGAGAAUGAGGUCACCUUGGAGGAUGCCUUGGAGAGGAACGAAAACAUUGAUGCUGCUCCUUAG